AUGUCAGACUCCUCGACAUUUUCCCCCAGCAGCAGCAGCAGCAAGUCUCAAACGUCAACCCCUCAAGCCAACCCACACAGCUGUGAGCCCUGUGCGACCUCCUGCCAGCAGAUGGCAGAAUCACAGGCCAAAGAGGGCAGGGAUGUCUGCUUCACCCAGCACAAGACUAACACCUUCAGCCUGAGGACUGCAUCUGUGAGCAGGAGGCACAGCGCUGACGGGACCAUCAGUUCAGGGUCAGGAUCAGCACCGGGACGAGGCCCUGUCGACUCUGACCGUUACCACCCGUACCGCCGACAGUUCAGUGAUGGAGCAGUAACGGCUGCAGGUGUCCUCCAGCAGUGCUUUUCUUCCUUCAGCUGUCUGCAAGAGGAGUUCAGCCCAGACACUCGUUCACACAGCUCGAGCGGCGAGGGGCCACCACCCUGGGACCAAUACAACGGCAGCAUUCAGAGUUUGUACCCAGAGCUACCAGCUGUGCAAGCGGAGCCCUCCCGCUUCCUGUCCCAGAAUUAUCCAUCCCACAGUUCAUCGAGCCCUUUGCAACAGGUCUCAUCUAGACUGUACCCUAAUAACCAGUCCAACAGCUCAAAAUAUUCUCACCAAAGUCUCCCCACCCAGUCACACCUGGACAGCACCACACAGCCCCUCUUCCCCAAGCCCAUUUACUCAUACAGUAUCUUGAUCUUCAUGGCUCUGAAGAGCAGUAAAACGGGAAGCCUGCCAGUCAGUGAGAUCUACAGCUUCAUGACUGAACACUUUCCAUAUUUCAAGACAGCUCCCGAUGGGUGGAAGAACUCCGUGCGUCACAACCUUUCCCUGAACAAGUGCUUUGAGAAGGUGGAGAACAAAAAUGGAAACUCGUCCCGUAAAGGCUGUCUGUGGGCUCUCAAUCCAGCCAAGGUGGAAAAGAUGCAGGAGGAGUUGCACAAGUGGCGUCGCAAAGACCCCAUCACUGUUCGCAGGAGCAUGGCGAGGCCAGAAGACCUUGAUCGUCUAGUCGGAGAGAGACUGGAGAAGCUCAGGUCUUUGCCACCUUACACCAGCCCAACCCUCUUAUCCAGGGUGUCCCCUAUCUAUGGCACCACCUCGUCGUCUUGCAGCCCAGCCCGGCUUCCACCUCCCUGCCAACCCAUUUGGCGUCCACAGUACGCACACAUUCAGCCUCAGCGGCCCCACUACCUUACCCCCGCCACAGCUCAACCAGGCAACUCAUUCGCCCUGUACCCACCCAGUGGACGGCAGCCUGCAGUCGGCGUCCCGUCACCUACUGGAGGCCUGAACUCACCCAUGGCUGGGAAGAUGCCACCGGUUUAUAAUUCGGCCCUGCAGGCUGAUUACAGCGAUGGCCACAGGAGCAUGCAGGACUUGCUGCUGGAGCGGGAUGCCGGUUACGACAUUGACACGCUCAACCCCAGUCUGACUGACCUGCAGCUGCAAGGUAACAUGUGGGAGGAGUUGAGGGAGGACAGCCUGGUGUCGGACCCACAGGUUACCACUGCAACGCCGUCUACUACCGCUGCCCUGCAGGACCCCCACAUCCAGACCAACUGCCUGCAGGUCAGUCCUCCUGUCAGUGUGACGUCACAGGUGACUGCUGUCGGUCGAUGUAAAGCAGAUUAUGAGGACGAGGACACUGGCAGUGGACCAAACUUAGAGCAGCACGGCUGUUUGGAUGGACUGCAUCCGAUGGUUUUUUCAGGGGUGGAGAGCUUGGCCGGCUAUCUGACCUCCUGUACCACAACCAUCUCCUUAAUGUAA